UUGUUCAAUUCCGGACUGAUCAACACCGCGUCAAUCACCGGUCGCGAACUCAGGGACUCACGUCGCGUCGAUCGAACUGCUCUCUCACUAUACCAUCAACUGAAUCCGUCAAGGGAAAGAAUGGCAAAUGAUGGCUUGCGGGAACUCCGUCCACAGGGCGCAGCAAAACAACUCGCCACUGUUGGUGGCGACUAAGCCUAGCUUGUUAUUGGUGAACACUUUAAUGUCCGGGCCACUACAGUACAGUGCGCGAGUGAGUGAUUUGCGCCACAAUUUGUUGAGCGCCAUCUAACGCGAUGCAACGGCAAAACUCAAACGGCCCAGUGUUCUUUCCGUGUGCCCGGCCAAAGCAGCGUGGUGUGGGGUUCGAAUUGUUCUACAUAUUCUAUUAUUACGAACACUCGGGAAAUUCAGCCCCAGGGAUGGUGAAGAAAGUUGAACAAGGCGACAUGGAGGGCGAGAGGGCGACGCAUAUGCGUUCACGUAUCAACCACGUUGCUGGGUGCUGAACUGAACUUACUCACGGUGUGUCUGGAACCGUUAUUAACGACAACAAAUGUCUAAGAACUAUUCUAAAGAUAUUUAAAUGCAACUCUUCUCCGUGAACCUGAAAAUAUUUCAACGAGCAUGAGCAUGAUUGACCACCCGCAAUUGCUUCUCCGUUGUUGCUACUGAUGCUACUCGGGAUCAAUAACAUUCUCAAUGUCGCUGCACUGAAAUAGCAAAGAUUCAAUCGUUUCAGUCGUUGACUGUUUGCGGACAAGUAGAGAGCUACGUAUAGGAAAAUUGUUAGUUGAAAUGGCUUCCUCACCAUCCAUAAUCGCUAGGAAAACUAGGAAAGAAGAUUUAGCUGAAGUAUUAGCAAUGAUACAGGAACUAGCCGACUUCGAGCAUAUGUCCGAUGGACCUAAACUGACAGUGGAAGACUUGGUCAGGGACGGGGGGUUCCAGGAGGAGCAAACCGAGACGACACCAGUAUUCCAUAGCUUUGUGCUCGAGCUCAUGGAACCAGUCUGUUCAGACGGCAAUAAUGAAGAAACACGGACGUCAUCCUCCACUAGCGGUAACCUUUCGACCCGCCCUCAAUCCCAGUUGAUUGGCUACGCGAUCUGCUUCUAUGCGUAUUCGACAUGGCAAGGCAAGUCGUUCUUUCCUGGAGGACCUCUACGUUAAACCGGCCUAUCGCAGUUCGGCUAUGGAAGUUACUGUUUCGAACAUGGUGAAACAUGCGCGGCAGAAUGGCUGUGCGCGGUUCGAUUUCCACGUGCUCGCGUGAAUCCGGCAAAGGAGUUCUACACGCAAUGGUGCGCAAAACCUGACGGAAGUUGAGCAGUGGGAAUUCUUCGCCUGACGCGGAACAAAAUGGAUAACUUUGCGAGCAAUUGAU